AUCUAAUCCACGAGGGAUUCGGGCUUUUUUUCUUGCGGGAGGACGUUCAGCUGUUGUGGUGAUAUGGUGACGCAAUGGACGUGAUGAAUUGCGUCGACUUGAUUAAUUUAAUUGCACGGUCAAAUGUACGUGUGCGGUCAGGUCACCAAACAGGACAGUAUCCGUUGAGGGGGGAAGAAGCCAAACAACUGAGCAUCGUAAAACCGUCGUACCGCGCAUGUCGGGUGGAAAAGCAAAAACCGGUGCAUCCGAAUGGCCUCCUUCCCUAGGGACCGGGACCAGGUAAUAUGUUAGUCCCGGUAGGAUUGUCCAUCGAACAGCACACAUCACCGGCAGCCGUUUGCUAUACGUCCGAUACUUCCGGUAGUAUAAAAAACGUAUCCCAGGGCAAAACGAUACCAGUCAGUGUGCAGCCAGUCUCGAGAAGGACCAUCGUGAGUGUCCGUGAAGCAAGCAAUCCCUUCCGCCCAAUACAAACGCCAUGGAUGUUACGGUGGAAGACUUUUGCGAGGAAACCAACUUCCCCGAAUCACCCUGCCCGAGCCCGUUCGAUCCGGCCAAACUGUUGAACAUAAGCUUUCUGCAGAUUAACGGACGCUUCACACCACACUCGGGCCCAUCGUCCGUGUGUUCGACGCGAAGCUGUAGUCUUGCGACCACACCCGUACCGCCAGACUCGACCGACCCGGACCAGGAAGCGGAUGGAGAGGGCACGGGAAAGGAGGCAGCAGGCGAGCAGGCACGCAAGUGGUCGAUACCGCAUCUACCAACCGAAGCGUCCAAGUUUGAGAUAAGUGGCCGUGCGACGCCCGUCUUCACGUGGAAUCCGAUGCCCACGUCCAGCAAUGUGAUCUACGCGCUGAGCGACAAGAACCAGCAGAUCGUGUUCUCGCAGCUCGAGCAGGAGGCAGCCACCGAAACGAGCGUCUCGGAGGUGUCCAGUGCGGUCGAUUCGGAGGCAGAGCUGGACGAGGACGAACCUCUGGACGAGGAGCGUGUGAAGGCACCGAAGGAAAACACCCAGCCGGACAUGUACCCGAACUGUGAUGUGAACGUGUGGUUGCGAUCCUGCGAGCAGGAGAUCGUUGAGCCGAUUGAGGGUAAGGUGCAGGGUACGGUACCGGAAUGGUUGAACGGGAGUCUGUUGCGGAACGGGCCCGGCAGCUUGAAGGUGGGCGACAUGAUGUUCAACCAUCUGUUUGACAGCUCGGCACUGCUGCACAGGUUCAACAUCGACAGUGGGAAGAUCACGUACCAGUGCCGGUUCUUGAAGUCGGACGCGUACAAGAAGAACACCGCGGCAAGGCGUAUCGUGGUGACUGAGUUUGGGACGAGCGCCGUGCCGGACCCGUGUCAAACCAUCUUCCAAAAAAUUGCGGCCGUCUUCAACAAACCCGGUGUGAACAAUUCGGACAAUGCGAUGAUCUCGAUCUAUCCGUUCGGGGAUGAGUUUUUCGCGUUCACCGAAAGCCCGAUCAUCCACCGGAUCGAUCCGGAAACGCUCGAUACCGAGGCGAAGCUGAACGUGUCCGACUAUGUCGGGAUCGUGAACCACACGUCCCAUCCGCACGUCAUGUCCGACGGUACGGUGUACAAUCUCGGCUGCUCGAUCACCAAAACGGGACCGGCGUACACGAUCAUCUGCUUCCCGCAAGGGCCGGGCAUGUUUGAGAACGCGCGCAUCGUUGCAUCCGUACCGGCGCGCUGGAAGUUCCACCCGGGCUACAUGCACACGUUCGGCAUUACGGAAAACUUUUUCGUGAUCGUCGAGCAACCGCUCAGCGUGUCCGUGCCGACGAUGGUCGUGAGCCAGAUACGGAACCGUCCGAUGGCGGCCGCCCUCAAGUGGUUCGAAAGCCAGCAGACGUACAUCUACCUGCUCGACCGCGAUACGGGCGAGCUGCGCCACACGUACCACACGGAACCGUUCUUCUAUCUGCACAUCAUCAACCAGUACGAGCGCGAGGGCCACGUCGUGCUGGACAUCUGCUGCUACAAGGAUCCGGCCAUGCUGAACUGCAUGUACGUCGACACGAUGCGCAACAUGCAGAACAAUCCGGACUAUGCGAAGAUGUUCCGCGGGCGUCCGUUACGGUUUGUGCUGCCGCUGCACUACGGCACCAAGCCGAAGUCGAAGCUGCACAGAGGUGCGUCCACCGAUCCUGCCUCAUCGUGGGCGGAUAUGUGGCAGAAUCUUAGCUCCUUCACCACGGGUGACACCCUUCACACGAAGGACGCCGGUUUGGUGCUUCAGAAUCUGGUCCAGAUUGAGGACUCGAAGGCAACGGCGUACGUGAUGCCGAAUCGUACCAUCUUCUGCAAACCGGAACUGUUGUGUGAUUUGGGUUGCGAAACACCGCGCAUCUACUACGAGCGGCAUCUCGGCCGCCCGUACCGGUACUUCUACGCGAUCAGCUCCGAUGUGGAUGCGAGCAAUCCGGGAACGCUGAUCAAGGUGGAUGUGGUGACGAAGAGCAAGUUAACCUGGUGCGAGGAGAACGUUUACCCGAGCGAGCCCAUCUUCGUGCCGGCACCGGAUCCGCUCUCGGAGGACGAUGGUGUAGUGCUGGCGGCAAUGGUGUGGGGCCGCGAGGAACAGAAUCGGGCCGGUUUGCUGGUGCUCGAUGCGAAGACCUUCACCGAGCUGGGACGGUGUGAGUUUGUAACGCCGGGACCGGUACCAAAGUGUCUGCACGGAUGGUUCCAGCCGUCGGGCAAGUAGACGACGGGUAAGUACAAUGGCCGGCAGACAUGCACAGAACCGAUGAAAUGGACGAGAGCUCUUCCAAUACUACAGCUGCACGGGGACGAACUCCGCAGCAAUUCACUAAGAUAGAUCUCCAAAAAGCCUGCACAUGAGUUUUGUUUGUAUACUUAGCUGUUCCCAAAGCGAUCCAAGCAUCAGAGAGUACUGAGCAGUAUUAAAUAAAAUGCUUAGAAAAGGCAAGACCAGUAUUCGAUCCCAUCCGGACCGUUACCUCCAAGCAAGCCUCCCGGGAGGUCCUCAAGCUCAGAA